UGCCUCGAUCAGCUGUGUUAACUGCAACAAAUCGUAUGCGAUGAGUGCUGCCGGAAAUGAUGACGAUCUUGAGAUCCGUGUUGCGGCCGUGGACGAUGGCAACAGACUGAUGGAGUUUCUGCAUGAGCAUUAUUACCGGGAGGAACCGCUUACAGCCGGCUGUGCGCCGCCAGAGCCCGACGAGGCCGAUGAGAAAUUCCUGCUCUCCAAUUUGCCGCAUGGCACCUGCCUUCUAAUGCUGCAACACGGCCGCAUUGUAGCCGCUGCUGUGGCGGGCCCAAAGACUGCAGAUGAGGCUGCCCAUCUGUUCGCGGAGGCCGCCCACCUGGCCGGCAGCAAAUGGGGUCGCAUCUUGGGCAUACUGGCAAUUGCGGAGCGCGACGCCAACGCCUUCGCCCGGUUCAACGUGGACAGGGCUCUGCAUGUGCACGCGAUUGGCGUGGACGCUGCUCUGCGUGGUCGCGCUCUGGGCGCACGUCUCAUGCAUGCCCUGGCUGACCGGGGACGAGAGCUGAACUAUCCGCUGCUCACCGUCGACUGUACGAGCCUCUACUCUGGACGCCUGAUGAAGCGACUGGGCUACGAGUCAAUCAACAGAAUGCCCUACACUGACUACGUGGAUGCGGCCGGGCAGCAGCUCAUUCGACCGCCUGCUCCACACGAGUUCCUGGAGACCUUCGCGCUGCGCUUGUAGCUGUACGCAUGUUAACCAUGCGGUUAACUUAUAUCAGAUUAAGCCCUUAUCUAUAUUAAGAACCCCAAACUUAUCAAAUGGCAAUUUAUUGGAAACGUAGGCAUAAUAAAUCUAUUCAAUAAUUGUUA